GAUGACUACAAUCAUAUCCAUGGAGGCAAAUGGACAGUGAGUAACUUGCGCUUGUAUCUAGAGAGUACUCGUGGAAAGGAGGUCACUAGCAAACUGUUCGAUGACAUUCAUUGGAUAAUUGUGCAGUCGCUGAAGGCCGUUGCACCUGUAAUGAACAAUGAUAAACACUGCUUUGAGUGCUAUGGAUACGAUAUUAUCAUCGAUGACAAGCUUAAACCAUGGCUUAUUGAGGUCAAUGCUUCCCCUUCUCUUACCUCCAGUACAGCCAAUGAUCGUAUCCUCAAAUAUAAUCUUAUUAAUGACACACUUAACAUUGCUGUGCCUAAUGGUGAAAUUCCAGACUGUAAAUGGAAUAAAUCUCCACCUAAAGAAGCUCUUGGAAAUUAUGAGAUUUUGUAUGAUGAAGAGAUGGCACAAAGUGAUGGAGCUGAUCGUGAUUUGAGAAGCCGUUCUGGGCAAUCCAUUGGACUAAAAGGAAAUCGAGCAAGAGAUUCAGGAAAGCCCGUGCUCACCACAUGGAAGUAGUGACAAAAUCAAAUUAAUAUCAAAUCAGAAAUAUUUUACUGAAAUUCAGUGCUAUGCUCUUGGCAGGAAAUUUUGAACUGAGGACUCAGGGCUUUCUCUCCUUUGGACGGCUUCCUUCUCUAUUGUGUAUGGGAGUUAAUAACUCUGAAACGGGACAAAAUAUGUCAAAGAAAUAUUUGUACCAAUAUGAGACAAGUCUGUGUAAAGUGAGGCACCUAAUCAGCUAUUCUAAUAGUAAACUCACUAGUUUACUGCAAGAGUAUUAUGCUGCAUGUGGUUAGAGCAAAUUUAUUGUAAUAUCAAGAAUUAACAUAUUCAUUGCUUUAAACUUUUAAAAGCAUAACUACUCAGACUUGAGAAACAUGGAUAUUUUUACAACAAACGGCUGUUUUGGCUUAUAACUCUCUUAAAGAACCUUCUUAAGAAAUCUGGUGUUAACUCUAAAUAUUCAUUUUUAAACGAACCACUGGUUUGGUGUUCAAUAUUUUGUUUUCCAGACUGUACAUUGUAAGUAAUCUAUCUCUACACUUGUAAUUUAUUAUACAGUUUUAACUCCUUUGUAAUGAAUUAAGUGUGUUAAAAAUUUGUGGUCAGGAUUGAUUACAGGUUCUGUAGAAAACCUAGAAAAAAAUUUGGACCUCAGGAUGUCAUUCCUCUGUGUUCCAGGAUUAAUCUUGAAAAUAGAAUCCAGAAAGGUCAGAGGUGUUGGGCAUUAUCAUUGUUGUAUAGUUUACAUUGGCAUGAUGACAAUUAAAUUCCUUGAUACAAGUGCAGUCUCUUCUGGCAACAUUUACAAUACAAGACUUGCUGAGCUGUGACUGUCAAUGCACAGUUAAUGAUUUUUAGCUAAUGUUGAGAUUUAAAAAUAAAUAAAUCCCCAAAUACUGAGAUUGUCAGAUGUGUUGAAGCUGUAACUCAGGAAUUAAAAUUACAUGGAAGGGGAGAAUCUCUCACAUAGCAAGUUGCUGUGUUAUCACAUAUGGCAUUUAUUUUUACUUCUAAGGUGAUUUUGGACAUACCUGAAUAAACUUCUUCCUGCUUUUCCUCUUGAACAUACUGUAAUUAAUGUCAACCCCACUGCUCAGUGAUGCCUGUAAAUCUUUGCUUGUAUCUAUACAGCUCUUUAUUUAUGUAUGUAAGUAUGUAUAUAGAUAUGUCUGUAUUUUACAUAUUUUAUGUUCUGUAACAAAAUUCCAUUGCAUCUAAUAAGCCAUCUCCUAUGACUCUGAUGUCAGAAGGUACAAUAGCUACAAAUAGCAUAAAGCGAGAGAAGUUAAAAAGGAAAUGAUUGCAGUCUUUUAACUAGUAGAACAUUAUAUAUAUAAACUAGUCAAAUGUAUGAUUGGCUGUUACCUCUGAUGUCACAAUUCUAGCACUCAUCAAGAAGAUUCUCAUAGCUGCUUUAACAUACAGCUCAAAUUUUGGGGGAGAAAGAAAUCUCCAAAAGUACUUGUGCUAUCAUAAUAAAUCUCUGCUGAGCACUUGGAUCUCCCUAAACAAUUAAUAGCCAUAUAGAAUGAAUGAGGGACAUUUUAUAUGCAAUUCUAAUCAGUGUUAAUCUUGUAUGUUCUGUUUAAAUAUAGAAAGUCAAAUACAAAAUUUGGCAUGUCUUUCCACCAAGGCCCUGGUUCUUAAAAUUAUGGAAAUUCACCCCCUUCAUUAGGAGCACUGUAAUAAGUCAUCAGAAGAUUGUGUCUUGAACUGAGAUUAAGGAGUACUUUUUACAUUAUAAAGAAAUUAAAUCCACAUAUCCCGCUC